AUGUUGGUGUUUAGAAGGAACUAUGCUAAGAGGAAUACUGGUUCCAAAUUCAAAAUUCUUCCUGAGUAUAAGUUAAAAUGCGGACUUGAAAUCCAUACUCAACUGAAUACAGACAAUAAGCUUUUUUCAAUGUCAACUAACAGCCCGUUUGCAGAUGUGGAUAAGCCAAACUAUCAUACAUCGUAUUUCGAUGUUUCGAUACCCGGAACACAACCAAUACUCAACUUGCAGGCAGUUCUAUUUGCAUUGAAGUUAUCGCUAGCAUUACGAUGCAAGGUCAGUCUAAACUCACAUUUUGACAGAAAACAUUACUUCUAUGGUGAUCAACCAUUGGGCUAUCAAAUCACACAACAUUACAAUCCUUUCUCAAGUAAAGGUAAACUACGAUUGUACAAAGAUUUAGACUCUAUUGAAGAGGCUUUCAAAGACAUAUCUGUCAUUCAGUUACAGAUAGAACAGGAUACAGGUAAAUCUGUAUAUAACUCUACUGACUCCAAUACAAAAAUCGACUUAAAUCGUUCGAAUGUGCCAUUGAUCGAAAUGGUGACUGAACCCGAUUUUACAGACCUAAAACAGAUAAGAGCUUUCAUCAAGAAAUAUCAAAACCUUGUCAGACAUUUGAAGAUAUCUACAGGUGACCUUGAAACGGGCGCGAUGAGGGUUGAUGUAAAUCUUUCUAUUAAUGAUUACGCCAGAGUAGAGUUGAAGAAUUUACCAAAUACUAGCUCAAUCACUAAUGCUAUCAAAUACGAAUACAAUAGACAAGUUAACAUGAUAGAAAAAGGCGAAGGUGACCAACUCAAACACACAGAAACUAGGGGAUGGACAGGUUCGGAAACUGUUAAACUCAGAACUAAGGAAAGUAUCAUAGACUACAGGUAUAUGCCGGAUCCAGAACUACCAAAUAUUCUUUUAACCAAUGAAAUAGUUGAAGGAGUAGAAAAGACAAUUCCAACGUUACCAGACGAUACCUGUAUGAUGUUAAUGCAAGAGCCCUACGGUCUAACUUUAAAAGAUGCAAAAAUUCUCACAAUCAAUAGUAAUGGCCAUGAUGAUUUGUAUUCCCAUGAUGAAUUAAGAGCAUGCUAUUUUAGUACAUUUGAUGCAUAUCACUCAUUAUGCAAGAAACAAAACGAAGAGUUCGUGAGAAAACUACCUGCAAAUUGGAUAAUUCAUGAACUUUUGGGAAACCUAAACAAGAUGGAAAUUCCUCUCAUCAAAGUUUCCCAUAUUCUACCUCCGGAGAAAUUUGCUGAAUUACUCUUGCUAAUCUCUAAGAAAACCAUCAGCAACGCCAGUGGUAAGCUUUUAUUAUCGCAUAUUUUGAAUUCCUUUAAGGAGAACUCUUUUGUGGCUUCUGAGCCAAUAAAUUUCAAUGCUCUAAUUGAGGAAUUUGAGCUACAUGCAGUCUCAGAUGUUGGUUCGGAAGAGCUCGAAUUAAUUUGUGAAAGUAUAAUUACCGAACUCAACAAUAACAAAAUGAUUGAAGAUAUUAAAUCUGGUAAGAAGAAAAAUUCUAUUAAGUUCCUUGUCGGUCAGGCCAUGAGGAUAUCUCAAGGUAGAAUACAAGCUCAAGAAUUCGAAAUUACUUUCAAAAGACUUCUUGGUGUUGAACCGUGA